AACCAAAGAACUUGGAAGCUACUGCUGCCAGAGCAGAUUCCUUCCAUCUACAGCAAUUCAAAGACCUGCGCGAUUCUUCCGACAUGAACUAACCCUCCUAGCGUACGGACCAUUUCCACCACGUUGAGAUCAAGACGCGCAUUCGAGCCAAAGACGCCUUGACAUAAGGACUCCGCGACACCCUUCGAUGCGUUCGGCAAAAGCAGUAAUUUCCGAGAAAUUUGCGCGCCUGGGAUCUCCAACUGCGACGAUGACUUACAGCACCGCCCCCUCUCAGCGGGGCCCAUCACAUACCCUGACCUCGCUCAAGCGCUGGUCAGUCGCGACCAGAGAACUGCCAGCGGUUUCACAAAUUAAGACAAUCCACGUCUAUGACUUCGAUAACACUCUGUUCCUGAGCCCGCUUCCCAACCCACAACUAUGGAACGGCUCAACAAUCGGCUUCCUGCAGGCAUACGAAAGCUUCGCCAACGGCGGGUGGUGGCACGACCCCAACAUCCUCUCUGCUACUGGCAAGGGUAUUGAGAUCGAGGAACCCAGAGCCUGGAAUGGCUGGUGGAACGAACAAAUUCUGCGUUUGGUCAAACUGAGCAUGGACCAAAAGGAUGCACUGACCGUGCUCCUAACGGGUCGAGGUGAAGCGAACUUCGCAUCAAUCAUCAAGCGCAUGGCAGCAAGCCAGAAACUGGAUUUUGAUCUUAUUGGAUUGAAGCCAGAAGUUGGGCCAAACGGUCAACAGUUUGCAACGACAAUGAAAUUCAAGCAGAACUUCCUCGAGGAUCUUCUUUACACUUACGAGCAGGCUGAUGAGAUUCGCGUCUACGAGGAUCGUGUGAAGCAUGUGAAAGGAUUCCGAGAUUUCUUUGGCAGUCUGAACCGGGGGCUCCAAGCUGGAAAUGGCCCAGUUCCUCGGAAACCCUUCAGUGCUGAAGUUAUCCAGGUAACCGAGGGAUGCACAUACCUCGACCCUGUCACAGAAACUGCAGAGGUGCAGAGAAUGAUCAAUGCUCACAAUCUCACUCGGCGCAACCCAUCACUGGCAAAAGUCAAGUCCCAAUACUCUCGCCUGCGUAUCAAACGCACGGUCUUCUACACGGGAUAUCUUAUUUCACAACAAGAUUCGCAGCGCAUAAUCGACGACCUGUUGAGUCCAAUGUUGCAGCAACAUGGAUAUGCCGAGGCAAACGACCUAAAGUACAUGGCUAACAGCAUUCUGAUCACACCACGUCCUGCCACACCGUCUAUUUUGGGCAAGGUUGGAGGAAUGGGAAAGAAAGUAAGCUGGCAAGUGACUGGCUUGGGAGUGUUCGACAAUAAGGUCUUUGCCGCUCAAGUGGCACCCAUUCCGUCAACAGAACCCGUGCACACGGAAAAUCCCUCGCCACUCAUUGUUCUGGCUUGUCGCCGAGGAUCUCGUCCAGCCGAUGCAGGCAGGAUUCACAACUGGCAACCUGUCCCAGCCGGUAUGGCCUUGAAGAUUGACACGGUGAUUGGAGAGAAAGUUGUUUUGCGAGUUGAGGACGAAAACCCGUACGAGGGUGAGUGGGAAAGUCAGUUCGUUAACAAGAACAACAAGAGACGCCACCAACAAGAACGGGACGAGGACAUUCUUUACCCGCACUCAGGUCAUGGCAGCGGUGGCUAUGAGGCCAUGAACCAAGGACAGUCCCAGGGUUAUCACCCAUAUCAACGUCCCUCUGGUGAUAACCGAUAUCCCAAUGAUGAAAACUCACGACGAGGUUCUCACCGAGGUCGCGGUCGUGGAAAUGGCCGAGGCCGAGGCCCUUCUCGAGGAGGUCGUGGGCGUGGUCGGGGGGUCGCGAUGCUGGGUCGAAUCCAUACUACAAGUCUCUUGAUGACCAGGGCAUAGGUGGCUAUGAUGGCCCACAUGACAAAGGUGGAAAUGGAGCCGGCGGUUUCCCUAUGGACUACUGAGGUCCGAGCCGUUUGCAUAUUGGCGUCGGCUUGAUUGAGGGAUGUGCGUGCUCACCUCGUAGGUUUUCGCGAUUCUGUCACUUCUGUUGCAUCGGGUAUGGCGUACAUCGGGUAUGGAGUUGGCAAGUGUGUGGGAAUCGUUGUCUCUCUAGGAGUUCGUCUGUCGUUAUGAACAAACAUACCAUUAUCUUCCAUAGCAG